CCAGCCUCGUUCCUCAUUAACCUCAUUAAACGAAAAGUAGGUAAUCAAUCUGGAUAUAGCUAAUGCAGGGUCGAAAGAUAACAUGGUCCCACGAAACAUCGCCCGUGACGCUUUGCAAUCGAGGAAGAGGAUGGCACUGUCCUUCAACAACAACACGAAAUGCUCAUUCCUGAGAGACAAGACUCGGUCUCUCAGGGUCUAAAACCUAUCCCGUAAGGAGAUCUUGAUCGUCACUCAGGCGCGAGUAUUCAGCCAAGCAGCUCUUAGCCGCGUGCGGCAUUGAGGUCCUAGCCGUCUUGAUUGUUUCUGGUCUUUGUUCUACAUUGGAUGUACGCCAUUACUGGGAACGUGUGCUCAGCCACGUGCGAUGGCUUUAACGGCAUCUCUUUGUCAGGUAAUAUUCUAGAAGAAGGCCAAGGUAGCGCUUGUAUUCUUCAAUAGUACCGUUCGCGAAAGUCGAGGAAUGACCUCUUCCAAAAAACCGUCUCCGGACAAGCACAGCAUGUUAUAUUCUUCACGUCUACAAGGAAUGCAACGCCCAGUCCGAUCGUUCAGGUCCUUUAUUCGUGCGAUACCACCGCGUACGAAUCCGAACAAGCCUCUACCGCCAUUACCAGUCAAGUCUGAGGAAACGAGGAGCCCGUCUUUGUCGUCAAUACUUACUAUUCAGACUCGAAGUACCAGAUUGUCCUUGUGGGAAGCGCCCCCUAGCUGGGAUAACAACGAAAACUGUCAAGAGCAGUUGACGCCUCCGUUCGCUCUUCGGGAAUACUCUCCUCUCAUACCAGAACCACCGGAAGACAUCGCGGCAAUGCAGGCAGAUCCCAUCCUCUGGCAACAAGGCCACGGUCCGUUCCAACAAACGCUCUUGGACCCUAUUCGGGAGCGUACUGCAGUCACGCCCGAGGUCCCACCUCGCAAUCCUUCCAGACCAACACUAUCGGCGUCAUACCCAGCCUCGACCAUAAGGGUUUCGAGAGACACACUGCCGUCGGUAUAUUCAAGACACUCAACAAGUACGCACGGGGAUGGAUUACUAGUAGAAAGUCUUGAGAACGAUUCUGUAGGAUCUCCCACAGAACUACCGUCUCCUCUGGACCUCGUUUCUGCUCUGAAAGAUAUGUCGAUGACCGAAAGAGCGAUCAGUUCGCUUGGUCCGGGUUCGCGGCGUGAUCAAGGUAUUAUGUGGGACAAUCAGCAUCAGCGCUCAGACUCUGCACAGCUCGAGGGUGAGCCCAGCAUGAAUUUGCAGGACAACAAGCUCGAAACAUUCAGGAAAGGGAGCGCUAUCCCAGAAGACAUCUCCGAUAGAUCAGAUGACCUUGAACUCAGCGACAAGAUGCAAGCUUUGAUCUUCGCCCAGGACUAUCACAAUGUCCUUGCACGUCAAAGUCUUGAUGACAAUGAUCAAUACCGGCACAACGAUCAAGCGAGGACGCUUCCUCAAAAUCCCGAAUACACUCCUCGGCCUUUGAUGUGGAAGAAAGACUCUGGGUGCCCACCACCAUCGACAAUGCCUGAACGCCCGCAGCUACCGGCUACUUCCUCUUCUGGACGAUAUAGGAAUCUCAGGAUGAUGAGUUCAUGGAUCAACCAUCGCAAACGGAAAGAUCCGCGUACUGGGCUUAAUCAACGAUCCAUCAGCGACCCUGCGGGUAUUUCGCACGCUAAGCUUCCUGAGUCUGAUGUGGAUCAACAGAUAAAGAACGAGGCACGCCUCGCAAACUUCGUUCAGCAGGGUAAAGACCUUAUAUCUCGUAAAAUACUGCGCAGGCAAUCUGAGCCUCCGACGCCUCUACUCAUCUCGCUCCCAAUACCUCAACAAUCUUGUCAAACGCCUACAAACCCUCCGGCCUUCGUCGCCCCGUUCGAGCUGGCGAAACCUGUAUUCCGCCUACCAGGUGGUCUUACAGUAGUACGCCAGACCUCAUCGUCGAUGCUACGGCCGCAGACUGCUGACGGCUCAUCAACGCUGCCCUCUGGCGAUCGCUCAUGGCUCGACUUUCUCGUCCAGGAACCAGUCCACUAUAAUCUCUCGCGUCGCGGUUCGACUCAGGGUAUCGACUCCCAACCACAGGCUGCGCGUCCAAGUACCCACGAACGGAAUAUUGCUUCACCUCUAGCUCUACCUCGAGCUCCAGGAUUCUUCUCACGCUCCACGAUAUCUCUCCCCACCCCAGUACCGCACGAGGAUCCCUCCUUAUCACCAUCGACCUACAAACCCCCACAAUCACGCCGUCGAUCGCACAACAUCGGCUCGCUGCUCACUACAUCACCUCCGUCUCAUGGCGCCGAACAUCUGGUCCCAGAAUCCUUAGAGAACGUGAUCCACAAACUGAACGUGUUCGAAAAGGCAAGGCAUGCCCACGAUGCGUGGAAGAAGCACCAGAAGAACCUCAAGAGUGAGAAACUCAAGCAGAGUAUAAGGCUGGUUGGACCUGCACCUGACUCCAAAAACAUUGCGGGAUAUAUCGAGAGUGCGGUUCAUGGGCGAGAGAGUGGGGAUAGUGGGAUUGGUGUGGGACAGUUGCCGGGGCAUGCACUGAAAGGGACGUGUUAAUUUUACAUCUUUUGUAGUGUGCGUUGUAGACUAAUGUUUGAUGUUAUACACGCGUUCACCAAGACGUUAUCAGCUCUUUACAUACAUAAUACACAAACCACGCUCGCCAAAGUAGCAAUCUGGUCAGUCUCUCGAGAAGCUGUGCGCAACAGCUCGCAUGCUCUCAAGCUGUGAGUCUGGCUACAGUCCACUCAUUGAAGCAGUGGGAGGGAGCAGACAUAACGUUGAAGAAGCAGAAUGCCAUUACUUCAUCCAUCAGUAAGAAGUGUUGGAACCUCCCGCACAUUAUGUACUAUGGACGAGAGAUGGUCUAAAAAAUGAAAAACAGCAGAUGGCGGUGUAUCCAAAAACCUA